AUGGACCCUGCCCAUGUCCCCUACGCGCACAAGGGGCUGAUGGGCAAGCUUCUCAAGAAGGAAAACCUCGGCAGAGUUGAGUUCGACAUCGAAGGCGGCGGGCCGAUAAAGAUGAAGACGAAGGUGGCGAACGUGGACGGGUUCCUGACGGAGCAGCAGGAGAACCGCGGCUACUUCCGGUACGCCGCGCCGUGCACCUUCUACGGCUCGCCGCUUCCCAGAGAGGUCGCACGGUUCGCCGUCGACGACUCGCCGCUUCCCAGUGAGGCCACGGAAGAGAUGCAGGUGAAGAAGAAGCCCCAGUUCAUGAUGGUGUUCAUGUGCGUCCCAGUGGCGCCGGGGAAGAGCAGGGUGAUCUGGGCCUUCCCGAGGAACGUCGGCCUGUGGCUCGACAAGGUCAUACCGCGGUGGUACUACCACAUGGGCCCGAACGCCCUCUUGGACUCGGACACGUACCUCCUCCACGUCGAGGAGCGCAACUUCGCGGCGGCCGGCGCCGAGAACUGGCACAAAGCCGUGUACGUGCCCACGUCGUCAGACAACAUGGUGAUCGCUUUCAGAAACUGGUUCAGAAAGCACUGCAAGAGCCAGGUCGGCUGGGCCGUCCCCACAGCCGAUCAGCUGCCGGCGACUCCAACCAAAGACAAGCUCAUGGAAAGGUACUGGUCGCACGUCGCGCAGUGCAGGAGCUGCAGCGCGGCGUUGAAGGCCAUGAAGGCGCUGGAGGUCGCCCUGCAGUUCGCGUCGGUUGCGGUCGUCGGCUUCCUCGCCGUCGCCAAGGGGACGCUGGUAACAUCAGUCGUGCAGAGAGCUGUUGUUGUGUCCUUGGCCGUGCUGUGCUUCGCCGCGUCCCGUUGGCUCGCGAGCUUCAUCGAGAAGAACUUCUAUUUCCAUGAUUACGUUCAUGCUUACAAGUGA